CGCAGUCAUGGCGAACAUAAUCCAACCUACCACACAUCUGGGCGAGGUCCACGGUAAAAUUGAAAAUGGUGUGUCCAAGUUCUUGGGGAUCAAAUACGCCACCUUGAAGAACAGACUUGCAGAUGCGGAGCUGGUGGAACGGCGCGACGGAGGCGUUCUCGACGCAACUCAGGACGGUCCAACUGCUAUUUCACCCCUUGGUGGAUGUGAUCUAGAACUCAGCGCGAUUCAGCAUACCCUACCCAGGAAGGAGCUCACCCAAUCAGAUGUGGACUGUCUGAAUUUAAAUAUCGCCGUCCCCGCAGACACACCUGCCUACUCCAAACUCCCUGUUUUCGUCUUCAUUCAUGGAGGUGGUCUCAUGAUCGGGGCAAAUUCUUGGCCACAGUCCGACUUGAAGCGUUUCACUAAGCUGUCGAUCGAUAAUAGUCUGCCUAUUGUUGCAGUCGCUAUAAACUACCGCCUUGGGUUAUUUGGUUUCUUGACCUCUACUGAACUGCGGAGAGCCGGGUACAAAGCCAACAAUGGCCUCCGGGACCAGAAAGUGGCUCUGGAAUGGGUACAUAGACACAUUGGUGAUUUUGGAGGAGAUCCAAACAAUAUCACUGUUGCUGGAAUGAGUGCAGGAGCAGUAUCCCUCACAUUUCACCUCGAUUCCGAAAGACCGCUCUUCAAACGCGCCAUUCUCAUGAGUGGCUCUCAAUUUUUUGUUCAAGCACUGCCGUAUGAUGCGCACGAAGACAACUACCGACAGGCUAUGUCGGCACUUGGCCUGGAAGAUGCCACACCAGAGGAAAGAAUUAAAGUGCUCUUGAAUACACCUGGCCAAGACCUACUGGCUAAGCUACCACCGUCCGCCUUGACCGCACCGGCAGUUGACGGAGACAUGGUGUUGUCUGCUACUUAUGCGCAGGUAGCUGAUCCGACUAGCGAUAUCCCGAAGGGCAAGAGCUGGUGUGAAAAGUUAUUGAUUGGUGAUGCCCAACACGAUACCAGCAUCCUUGCAGUAAUAAUGCCACAUCUAAAAGAGGCAUGUGCAACGCGAUUUGUCAAAGCUAUCAACUCUGUCUUCCCACUACAACCAGACAUUAUGACACGGAUCUUAACUGUAUAUGGGUUGACUGCCGAGACUCCAGACGAUGAAGCCUUCAGCGCAGUUCUCGCUUAUCUUAAUGACAUUUUUAUAUCUGCUCCAACGCUGGCAUACGCACGGGGCUGGAAAGGGAACGCAUAUGUUUACUAUUUCAACGAAGAGAACCCCUGGGAGGGACCAUGGAGGGGCAAGGCCAGUCAUGUCUUGGAUGUUGCUUAUCUUUUCCAGAAUUUUCAGGAGUUUAUGAUUCCGGACCAAGAGAAAAUCGGGACUGCAUUUGCAGUUGACUUUUUCAAGUUCUGCCAUGGCACUGAACCAUGGCCUGCCAUUAUGGAUGGAAAUAUCGGAAAUGAGUUUACAGCACGCGUCUACGGUCCCAGCUCAGAGGGGUACACGGUUGACCAAGUAACUCAACCUCAUGGUGGCCACAGUAAGCGGAGAUCGACCCUGUUUGGCCUUUCGGACACGGUAUCGCUGGAUGAAUUGGCAAGAGUUGCUACUUUAUUUCUCACAACCUGAAUUCAAGUUCUCGAAUGCAUGAGAAUGAUACUCUAGAUAUCUGUUGACCUGCGAUCCCCCAUAUGGCGUCCCGAUGCAGAAAUCUUUCCAAUAACCUUGUACACUGGGGCAGAAAGCAAUUCUCUGUUGCUCUUCACUACUCCAUGCCCCUGUAG